AUGACAUGGGAAUGUGUACUUCAAAACAUGGGCGUACAGAUGGAUGUCUGCCACGUGAUAAAUGCAGAGGCAGCUCGCAGCAGAGCUGAAGAGGAGAUGGAAUCUCUCAAAAUCCGUUUCUCGGAAGCUUUACGAGAUCAUGAAUCACAGCAAAGGGCAGCCCUCCAUAACACUCUUCAUCAAUCAGACACACGUUUGGAGGUCAUCAGAGCCAACCUCCUAAUGGCCGAGAAAAAGGGAGCUGAAGCGAGUGCUAGGGCCUCUCAUGCGGAAGCAGAGCUGAUUGAGCUUACGAAGCGAUUUCGGGCUAUGGAGGCAGAGAAUAAAAGUCUUCGGGAGGAGAAAACUCGACUCACAGAGGAACUGAAAAAAUCCCUUGCAAAAGCGGACAUUCAAUCAGAAAAUGUGUUAAAAAAGUUGACACAUUUCCAAGAACAAUCCAACCUGGAUGAAGAAGCGAUGAGAGACUCAAUCAGCUUGCUCAGAUCUCAGCUACGUGAAGCAUUAGAAAGAGCGGAAAGGUCACAGACUGAACUGAUGUUAGCUAAUGAGGCCCAAGUUCGUCUGUUAUCACAAAGUAACGCACUGGAGCAGAGGUUGCACCAAAUAGAAGGUGACUUUGCCACUGCAAAUCAAUGCCACGAAGCAGAGAUAAAGGAAGUCAAGGAGAUAGCGGAGUCACAGGAAACCCAACUCAGGUCAGCACUAGAACAGCUGACUCGCAUGUACGAGGCAAGGAUGAGGCAUGCUGAAGACCUUUUCAAUCAACAGCAUCGACUGCUCAAAAAACUUCGCGAGGAAUGCCGAUUCAAUGUAGAAGCGUUUGACUUGAUGGUAUCGCAGAUGGGUACGAAGCACCAGAUUUUAAUAAAUGAAUCUCAAACGGCUAAAGAAAUCGCAGUAUUGAGUGAAGAAGAACGCAGCCGUCUUUACAAUGAGACAGUGGAGCAUCUUACACAAGCUGAAAGUCUAUCUAGACAAGUUUCACAACUAGAACAGGCGUUGUCAACUAAAAAUGUCGAGACUAGAAGCUCUGAUAUGGGAUUCUUCUAUUUCUUCAAUUGCAUGGCCCUCGCUGGUGGACCGCAUAUCAUUGCCUACAAAGCUGCCGGAUUGAAAGAGCACGAUGCAUUUUGGCGAUGUGUUCAGGUCAUAAUAAUGUACGGUUGUUUUCAACUAGCUCGUAUGUUCCUGGCGACGCUGGUAUAUAUCAACUUCGACAUGCUUUCGGCUGCUGGACUAUUUAACUACGAACUGCUGGGAGUUUUGAUUAAUUUACUGGCAGUACGCUUCACGUAUGCUCGAAUGUUCGGUCGCAGCGAAAUCGCUGUUUUCCUCGGGUGCAUUGGUUGGUCCUACGGCGACUUGGUUUUCACAAAAUUCAUUGAACAACAGGUUGAGAGCCUCUUUUACGCAACUGCGGUAAAGUCGGUUUUUGCGCUGUUGGUGGGUUUUGUUGGUCUCCUACUGAAGAUUACAUGGGUCGCCGAAGCUCCAAAUGAGUCAAAGAAGCAGUCGGAUGAGGGUUUAUCCCUGUUCAGGCACAUCAAUCACUUUGGCGCCCUUUGUCAGCGUACAAUUCGCAACGCGAUGCUGAAUUCAGGCGCUCGCCACACCACGUCGAGUCGCAGGAGCGGCUAG